AUGCAAUCGGAGCUUACAGAAUUGGAAGAAAAAUUAUCUUUGGGCAAUCAAUUGCUAGCAUAUGAUAUCGAUCUAAAAAGUGCCGAUAGUCCGGAAGAUAUUGGAGAAAAGGCGAAAAAUAUUGAGAAUUUAGAGCAGUUCAUGGUUUCACUAAUUGAUAAGUUGAAAGCUUGUGAUAGCAGUAAUAUGACCGAGGAACAACGAAUUGAUAUGGAAAGAAAAUUAGAUGAAGCGAUGUCGCUUAUUAAUAAGCUACAUGCUUUACGGGAAUCUAUUUCAAGUCAUUUAAAAUCACUUGCUGAUUGGAAAACUGCUGAAGGCGAAUUAGAAGAUGAAAUACGGGUAAUUAUGGACAAUAUUGAAGGACUACGUGAUAGCUAUUCGCAACCGCAACCGUACCCAACAGCAAUCAAUGAUGUAAACAUAUUGCAACGAUUACAGGAUCAGAUCAUGAAAUUAUUGCAAAAAACGAUAGAUAAAGAACAAACUUUAUCACAAAAUUUGCCUAACUAUCAUCCUGCAAUCAAUGCAAUCAAGCAACAAAUUGAAAAAGCUACUGAAGAUGUUAAGAAAUUAUUGCCAUCACUUAUUGAAGAUGUUUCAACAGAAAAGCAACUUGUUGACAUACAAAACGAUUUAAUCAAUCAAUUGAAUGGAUUGAAUGAUCGCGCCAUAGUGAUUCGUAAUGAACCACAUGAUGAAACACAAAUUCCACGAUUAGAAGAAUUGAAAAAUGAGCUUGAAGAAGUAGGUGAUAUGCUGAAAGAAUUGAAGGAAAAGGAAAACAAACCAAUGAAACUGGUGCUACAUUCAGAUGAUCUAAAGAUAACAUCUGUAGUUGAUCAAUAUGAAAAAGUUAAUCGACUUCUGAAUGAAACCAAAGAGCAAUUGGCGAAUCAAGUUGCUUCAACGGAAUUGCAAUCGACAGUUAGUAAUGAAGCUCAAGAGCUGCAUUAUAUUGUCGAUGAAGCAUAUAAAGUUGAAAAUGAUGUCAACGCAACAGCAAGCGAUUUGCGGAAGGCAAUUGAUGAUCUCAAAAAUGGUCGAUCACAUUUGACAGCAUUAAAAAAUGCAUACGAUCAACUAGAAAACGUACCGGAUAUGAAUUUAUUCUAUGAAAAUGUAUUUGAUGAGAUUUCGACACUAAAUGAACAAUAUGACAAUGUUGAAAGGAAUUUGGAAGAUCGACUUGAUAUGCUGAAUGAAUUUGAUGUAAUAGCGGAUAGUGUAAAUAAGCGAUUGAUGGAUCUUGAAGAUAAUGUACAUAAAUUAGAAGUUCCAAGUGCCAGCUGUGAAUUAUCCGUUGCCGAUAAAGGACUUAGUGAUGUUAAUGAAUUACAAGAAUCAUUGAAAAAAUUACACGAAUUGAAGGAACAAUUAACACCAUUAUUGAAACCUGCUUCUACAGUUGAAAAUUUCGAUAAUCGUUUAGCAGAUGUGAGCAAAAAUUUCCAACAAUGGCACGACGAGAGUGUGAAAAAGAAGCAAGAAUUGGAGGCUGAAAAUAAUCUGUUAAGUUUGAUCAACGAUUUUGAGCAAACUCUUGUUAAUGCGGAAAAUGAUUUCGAAAAACUUGAAGGAACAAUGAAUGCAUUGAAGAGUUUCAAAGAUAUGAUUUUGCCAAUAGUAGUUGAAAAAUCUGAUCGUAUCAGAGAUCUAAUAUUACCGGUAAAAACGGAAAACAUUAAGCAGCUUUAUCAUAAUGUCGAUAUGCUAAAUGAUCGAUUUAAUGAUUUGUCAACACGUGUGAAUGAUAAAUUGAAUGAUGCAGAAAGACAAGAGAAUCUAUUUGAUGACAUUCAACGAGAGCUUAAUAAUAUGGAACAAAAAACUGAUGAUUUUAUCAAGAAAUAUACCACAUCACAAGAUUUAUUAAUUGCCAUGGAAGAUGUCGAUCAGCUGUAUUCUCUUCAGGAUCAAAUUCCAUCAUUAUCAGCAAUGGAAAAUAUUACAGAAGAUGGACUUAAAGAUAAUUUAAUAAAGAAAGCAGAUACUAUGAAGAACAAAAUCGAAAAUUUGCUUGUUCCGCUUAAAAAAGAUAUACAAAAAGAGCAAGAGUUGAUGCGCGAUUUGCAUGAAACAUUGUCUACAUUAACUGCAAUUGGUGAUGAUGUUAUUGCAGUUGAUCCCAAUACUGAAUCAUUACAACAGCUAGAAAGCAUUCAUCAAUUAGCGGAAAAUUUGCGACAAUUAAAAGGAAAAAUUGAAAAGUUGGAAGAAAAGUUACAAAGUUCGGAAGGGAUGGUUAAACAUGCAUUAGUAACUGAUGAUCUAUUUGGUCGUGUUGUACAGUUACAAGAUGCACUUGAUGAUAAGAAAGAAAAAUUGACAGAACGUGCUAAAUUAUGUGCUAUAACUCCGGAGAUAAAUUUGAUCAACGAAAGUGUGCAAAAUUACAUUAAUGAAAUGGAACAAAUACCAAUGCAAACAAUUGAGGAGCAAAAUGUUGCAUUAAGUGAGCUAGAGGGAAAGAAAUAUGAACUUGAAAAUCUGCUCAAAAAUAUUCCUCAAGGUGAUGAAGGCAGUGAAUUACGAGAAAAGUGUAAUUGGUUACUGGGACAACUCAAUGAUGUUCUAAAACGAUUAGCUGAUGCAGUUGGAGAGAAGUUUACAGCAUUAGGGGCAUUCAAUGUAAUCAAAGAUGAAGUUGAAGCACAAAUCUCGUCGUUGCAAUCUGUACCAGCAUCGAUUUCUGGUGAAUAUACUGUAUUCGAACUUGAUAAUCAGCUACAUGAUAUAAAUGUCGAGACGGAAAAGCUGCAGAAGUUAAGGGAAAAAAUUUUACAUGCAAAUGUUUCUGAACUUGAUAGAGAGCAGUAUGAUGAAAGAAGUGUUCUUUUGUCAAAAAUUGAUGAGUCUUUGCAACAUGCACAGAAGAAUCAUGAAUAUUUUAACAAGAAGCGUAUUCAGUUGCUCGCUCAUGAAAAGAUAUGUGCCGACUCUAAGGCAUUGUACGAUGAGUUAGAAAAAUUGGUAAAGGAUGGUGAAAAGUUGUUGAGCGAUUCAGAGGCUCUCCCAAUAUCCUAUGGUUCCACCGCGGAUGCACUGAGCACUCUUACUGAAAAGGCAAUCAAUUUACGCAUCAAUGAACCGGAAAUCGAACAAUCACAGAAGCUAAUUUUUAAACAGUUAUGGGAACUGGUUGACAACGCUAAAGAUGUGCAAACACAAUUGAUUCAACGUGCAUAUAUGUGGGAACAAUUUGUAAAGGAACGUGACUCAGCAUUAGAAGAACUGAACGAUAUACGCGGGCAAAUACAUGAAAUUGAUGGACGAGGAAUGAGAAGAUUCGAUAAAAUGCUUGAUGAUUUGGAAGCUCUGAAGGUUCUCUAUCUGAGAUGGUCGUUCCUCGCAAAUCUGCAAUCACGAUUGUUAUCUUUGAGCUCACAGCUUCACCCACUAACUUGUGCCCAACGAGAGGGAAAAGCAUAUGCUGAGGAAGCAAGUGAGCUUGAGAAAAAAUUCGAGAAUUUGUUGGAUUCCAUGUCCGCCGAAUUCAGAGUAAGAGAGGAAAUUGUGCAUUCAUUACUCGUAAUAUCAGAUGAACUCGACGAUAUCAGAAAUGUACUCGACGCUCAAAAUAUAACAGCUUGUUCACAAAAGGAAUUGCAGCAACAUUUGGAAGGUAUUCGUGCACAUUUGAGCACAUUGGAUCAAGAUAUUGCCAAAUACAAUGAUAACAGAAUCUUUUUGAGCGAAGAAACUGAAAUUUCAACCAGACAUAAUUUUGAACGAUUAGAAGAAAUUGAAGGAAAACUAAAACGAGUGGAGUUUACGGACACUGAAGAAGAAUACGAUAUUGAUGCUGCUGCGGAAGUAUUAGCAGCAAUAUAUCCGGAUGACCAUCCACGUGAUGUACUGCGUGAACAGGGCAUACCAUUUGAUGAUGAUUCAUAUGAUCAUAAUCCUAGUUCUGCUACCAGCGAUGAUGAUGAUAAGAACAAAUUCAAAACUCCACUUGAUGAUGAAAUAAUGUUAGAAGAAAGCGAAGAAGAUGCCGUUGAAGCGCAUCCAUCACAUGGUGUCGUCGCACUCUCACCAAUUCCUGAUGAUCCAGGCCCAGGACAUGUGCAUUAUGAGCGACAACGUUCUCGUUGGAGACGUGUCCUUCGUACUGCAUUACCUCUCCAGGCUAUGCUUGUGUUACUUCUUGGUGCAGCAUGUCUUGUACCACAUUGUGAUGAUGAAAGUUGUUGCCAGUUGCUCAAUAAUUUUGCGCGAAGCUUCGACCCGUCGUUAGAAUUCUUAAAUGGACCGCCACCUUUUUAA